AUGUAUAAACUUAAGGGAGUAAAUGGAGAAUGGUCAGGAUGGGGUUCGUGGGGAGUUUGCGACCAGACAUGCGGUCAAGGUACCCAGCGAAGAUCAAGAACAUGCAGUAGUCCCCCACCAAGCGAAGGAGGUCGUAAUUGCACAGGAUCAGAUAUUGGAACACGAUCCUGCAAUAUUGUACAUUGUCCAAUAAAUGGAGAAUGGUCGGGAUGGGGUUCGUGGGGAGUUUGCGACCAGACAUGCGGUCAAGGUACCCAGCGAAGAUCAAGAACAUGUAGUAGUCCCCCACCAAGCGAAGGAGGUCGUAAUUGCACAGGAUCAGAUAUUGGAACACGAUCCUGCAAUAUUGUACAUUGUCCAAGUAAUGGCGGCUGGGGCCAAUGGUCAGACUGGUUUGCUGGUUGUGGAAGUCAAACGAGGACAAGGGCAUGCGAUAAUCCAACUCCUGAAUUUGGAGCGUAUGCCGAUUGCUCUGAGAUACAUAAAGCUCACCCAGACCUUCCUUCUUCAAUCUAUACCAUCACAACCUGGAACACAAGUAGUCAAGCGAAGGUUGUCUGUGAUAUGGAUACGGACGGAGGGGGGUGGACGGUUUUUCAGCACCGCGUAAAUGGAAGUGUCGAUUUCUACCGGAACUUCUCUUCUUAUGAGGCCGGGUUUGGUUCUCCUAGUGGGGAGUUCUGGCUAGGGUUGUCCCUGAUGCAUGAGAUGACGUCACGGACCACCAACGAGUUACGAAUCGACAUACAAAGAGCUAAUGGAGGCCUCGGCUAUGUAGUUUACCCAAAGUUCAGAAUAGAAGCCGCCCCAACAUACAUAUUGCGAAUUGGAACCAAAACAGACUACGGCGGAAGUUAG